AUGGCUUAGGGAAAAUGGGCCCACUCACACUUAAUUCACCAUGACUAUCAAUCCAUGCAACAUGAGUAAUAUUAAUGAAUAAGUUAAUAUAUAAUUAUUAUUAUUUUCUUUGUUACCUCUGAACAAAUGCACACACAAUGGUCAUUGUGAAGAAAAGCAGUGACGAGAUGAGCCUUUAAUCAGUCUGAGGACCACGAAUUAGGUGGAGACAGGUAAAGGGAGGGGAUAUUAAAAGAGUUGUUGAUAAAGUUACUUUGGCCUGUGGAAGGUGAAGGGUGUCCUGAUGAGAACAAUGCUAAUUGUUUAUACCUUUCUUGGUAUUAUAGCUGUAUUUUUAUGACUGGUUCAGAGGACGUUAAUGUGAAGUAAACAUGGCACUGGAAUAUUUUGCUUAGGAAUGUAACUGCAACUGAGAAACUGUUCACUGUUGAGAUGGAAGCUUAACAUUGAGAAAUUAAAGCUGAGAAAAUGAAAGCACAGGAUUUUGCCAUCACUAUUAUUGCUUGUUUAAGACGUAUUCAGUUUCUUAAUUAGAAGGAGCGAGAUGAAAAUGUAUAAAUACUUGACUACAACUAAAAGUCCUGCAUUCACAAUCCUAUUAUAAAUGUAUCAAAAUGAAAAGUUUUUAUCACCUAUAUACUGUUAUUAGAUCAUGUUAUCAGUGCGUAUAUCGGCCAACAAAUACCAAAUUGCAGUACAGAAAUGCCAAAAAUCAAUAGCCAACAUCUUGUUCACAAUUCUUAAAAAGGAUUGCUAUUAACAAGGUUUGUUUAUGUUGUGCUUUGUGUUAAUAAAAAAAAUUCAUCUGACUUUAUAGAUGCUAGUCCGUCAGUACCUCAAAAAUUCAGUAUCAAGAAGGCUCUACUUCUUCUUCUACUUUAUAGUGAGUUCUUAUGGUGUUUUAACCUCUAACACUGCGUAAACUUUGUUUUGUACAUAAAAAUCUUAAUCUGUAAAUUGUAAAUAUAACUGCCAAAUAAAUGUAGCGGUGUAAAAUGUACCAUAUUUGUCUCUGUACACGAGCAGAACGGAAGUAUAAAGUAGCUUAAAGUGAAAGUAGAAGUACUUCUGCACUCAAGUAGGCACCAGUGUCUGCGUAAAGCGGUACAUGUUACACCCGGAACUAUAUAUAAGUAUACUUUAUUUUUGGGGAGACAUCUGCGCAGCGCACAGCCCGCGGUUGGCUAAAACAACUCAUGUUUACAUCAUGUCAGUGCUUUUGAACAGCAUCUUAUUGUGUUGAAGCUCCUAUUCGAGUUAGAAUAUAACGCACUAUUUGCUGUACUGUUUGUUAAAAGUGUUCCAGGAUGAUGUUUCUAAAGCUCUAACGUUGAAUAACUGGCAGAUGUUUCAGAAACAGUCUCUGGUUAGUGGUUACACUUACCAACCAGCGCCCGGUGGUAGCUAGCACUAGGUUAUGGUCAAGCUUGGGCGACGUUUACAGCUCCAGUCUGUGCGUAAAACACACUGCAUCGAGUCAAUCUCAGGUUCAAAGAAAUGCCUCCCAACAAACGGAUCCAUAAGAAAACACUGAAAUUGGUUUGCGAAUGGAGUUCGUGCCAGGAGUCGUUUAGUCGGAUGGAUAAUUUCUGCAAGCAUGCAGAGGUUCACUUUAGUGCUGUAAACAUGGCGGAGGCGGACGAGGAAGAAACGGAAGGGGAGAGAAACUGUCUUUGGAGAGACUGUGGUUUCUGCUCCGUGGAGGGUCCUGAAGAGUUGCGCAGACAUCUGUUCUUUCACUGUUACCACACUAAGCUGAAGCAGUUGGGUCAGCAGGUGCUUAAGCCAGAAAUUGGCACCUGCUCCAUCUGCCACCAGAACUGCAACCUCAUCCCCGAUAUCCCAGACAAUUUUAUCUGCCUUUGGGAGGACUGUGAGCAACCACCGUAUGAAAACCCAGAGUUCUUCUAUCGCCAUGUGGAGAUGCAUAGCCUGUGCAUUGACAUUCCAGUGGGAGACUAUGAAUUCCCAAUACGCUGUGGAUGGAAAGAUUGUGAAGCCACCGCUAAAGGACGUCCUAAGCUUCGGGAGCACCUGCGCAGCCACACCCAAGAGAAGGUGGUGGCAUGUCCAGGCUGUGGGGGCAUGUACGCCAACAACACCAAGUUCUUUGACCACAUCAUACGACAGAGCGCCAUGGAAGGUCAGAGGUUCCAGUGUUCCCACUGUUCCAAACGUUUUGCUACAGAGAGACUACUGAGAGACCACAUGAGAACCCACGUGAGCCACUACAAAUGCCCGCUGUGUGACAUGACUUGUCCGUCGCCCUCUUCACUCCGCAACCAUAUUAAGUUCCGCCACAGCAACGAGAGGCCAUACAGCUGUGAAUACUGCGAAUACAGCUGUAAGAACCUAGUAGACUUGCGCAAACACCUGGACACUCACAGCAGCGAGCCGUCGUUCCACUGUAAUGUUCCCGGCUGCGGCUUCAGCUCUCGUACCCUCAGCACCAUGGACAUUCACCACAAAAAAGUGCACAAGGGUAACUUUGUAGCUCGCUACAAGUGCCAUGUGUGCGAUCAGUGCUUCACCCGGGGCAACAACCUAACUGUCCAUCUGCACAAAAAGCACCAAUUCAAAUGGCCCUCUGGACACCCCAGGUUCAGGUACAAGGAGCACGAGGACGGCUUCUUGCGGCUGCAACUGAUUCGCUAUGAGAGCGUGGAACUGACGGAGCAGCUGAUGAGGGAAAGACAAAGUAGUCAAGCGGAGGAGGAGGAUGAUGACAGUGGCCAGACUGAGGAAGAAUGCCCGGGGGCAGCUCCCCCGGAGUUGCAGGUGGAACUGAGAGGGGUGCUGCUGGAGGAGCAGAGGACUGAGGAGCCCACCGCCAGCGUUGAGGAGGGCGGUCAGGUCACGUUGUACGUUCUCACUGGAGGUUUAUCACAAGCAGGGGAGGACUAGGAUGCUGCUCAGCGGCAUGGAAUGCAGGUGGUUUGACUGCUGCAAGUCCUGCAUACACGUCCUAUACAUGACGGGGCAUUCUAAAGGAAAGCAUGCGUACUCCAUGAUGACCCAUUUUGACUAUCAGCCUAUGUUAGGUAAACCUGUUUUUAUGUGUUUUUUGUUUACUGAUGUUGAGCCUGUGGAUAGUCUGUUUUCCAGUAUUGAUUAUUAUUUCCAGGUUAAUUAUUGUAUCUUAUAGUGUAACAUAUUCAGACAGUUGGAUGCUAUUGGUGCGCUGCCUAGUGGGCUGCCAUUCUCUUUUAGAUGGUAAUUCUGUCCCAGAUAUUCAGAAACACAUCAGCCUCACCUUUUUGAAGAAUGGCGUGUUGGCGUUAAUAUUCACCAAAAUGUGUGGAAUCCAGCUAAGAGGGCAUAAGAGGGCUCAGUGUGUAUUUUUUUUUAUGCUUCAUCUACAUCUUAAAUAAAGUUAUGACACAAAAUGUUUGCAAAAUUCACAUUAUCAUUUUUUUGUCUUAUUCAGAUGUAUUUAAUGUUGCACAGAAAGAAAAUGUGUCUUUAGUGGUGCACACAGUAUUUAUUCAUUUUAACAAGUCAUUAAGAGAGGAAUAUGCAUCAUUUUGAUUUAAAUCAAAUGCUUCACAGGUAGCUGCAUUGAUGGUAUUUACUGACUGUCCUUCAUUAUGGCGCCCCCUGCUGAAUCUAACUGCUCUACUGCAGCUCUAUUUUCUGAUUGUAUCGGCUCUGCUAAACUAGACAUUUUAUGGAUCUAAAAUGUUGACAAACGGCUACAAGGUGACUGAAAUGUUGCUCUAGUAUUAUUCACUCAUAAACUAGAUAGACUGUUUUAAGGUACACUUCUACUUUCACUUCUACUUUCCUCCUUUUGAUAAAAUAAUAUAUUCAACACAAAAAUGGGCACAUAUUGUUUAUUUGUUUUAUCCUACUACUCAAAGGUACGUACUUACAAUAUCAGUGA